AUGGAGAAGCCACCUCUUCAGCCGAUUUCAGAAUCCCUAUCCGAGUCUUUAACCUGGAGCAAUAGCCUCCCUUCGCCAGAUAGCAAUCGCUCCUCCUACCCCAAGUUCGCUCCUCCUCGACUACGACAACCAUGGAGGCACUCAGUCUCAACCGGAGGCUAUGGGUUGGAAUCGCGGACAACCAGAGAGUUCAAACCUGACCGUCAACGUCGCCGGCUGUUCACUGUGUGCAUCUGGCAAUGGUUCAUCACGUCGCUGCUUUGUGGCCUCUUGGCUGCAUGCCUUGGAGCCUUCGGAAACCUCUUGUGGAUGACAGUAACACAGGUCAAAGCCUUCAAUGCCCUCAUCGUGCUCCUCUCCCUCCUUCUCGGGAACAAUCUGACAAGCUCGCUACGAGAAUACGCAACCAUGAUGCGGUGGAGAAUAUUGGCUUCGAAAUACCGCCCGCUGAACGAGUUCGAUUUGUUGUUGCGCUGCGACAGUCUGCGGAAGGUCAUGCGGCUAUUUUGGGCAGCAAGGACUCCUGGAGGCGUGUGGUUCUGGUUCAACACGACACAGUGGCUUUGUGCUUUCUGGCUGUCACUGAACGUCCUCUUGCAAGUUCUUGUGGCCUUGCUUGGGUUGACGUACAACCUCAACACCUCCAGCUUUCCAGAACGCCGAUUCGGUAACAUGAGUAUCGCUGAUCUGACCGUCAUCCGUGACGUCUGGGGAGCCAAAGAUCCCGAGUUUGAUGCGCAAUUGGGUUCUGCCAAUUUUUUUGGCAUUCAAGGCCAGGAUUAUCUCUUCCUUGAAGGCAAUCCUCCCGGGCAGGGAAAAGUUCCGAGCUUUGGGACGCCCGGCACUCCCACCAUCUACGGCAACCCUGCUUGGAGCGUCAUGACAUAUGUAUUUCAAGAUCAGAAUAUCCAAAACCCUCAGCUCACCUUGGUCUCUCACCGCAAUAUCAGUACAACCGCCACCUGCCAACAGCUGCAAGUCAUCGCAGGCGGCAACGGAACCAACGCGCACGUUACUUACCGUGAUGAGACUGGAGAGAAAACCACCCUCGACGUCGUGCAUGUGGGACCGGGAGCAAUGACGUAUAUCGGUGUGCUCAAUUCGACCUGUGGGCCACGAUGCACAGAAGUGAUGGCGCUGCAAAGCGCCAAUGGCGAUACAAUCCCACAAGCAGCUUUCUUCAAGUGCCAAAGCAGAAUAUCGGAGGUGCAAGGAAUCCAGGAAUACCUGAACAACGGAGAACCGGCUGCGUCAUAUGAGAUGCCCAAUCAGCAAGCAAAGAUCAUUGCUGGGGCGAUUGGAUGGUCUGGGUUCAACUACACGCCGGAUGAUAUGUAUCAAUAUGUCCGAUACAACACGGAGACCUGGUGGAGCCCCAAUGUCCCUGCAAACGCAACCAUGAUAUCUGAACGAAUCAUGGAGUUCGGCAUUGAAGCAGUGGCAGCAAUCGACUACAACGGUCCACGGCGGAAUGUACUAGGCUGGUAUGCAGUUCCUUCGCAAAAGGUGACUGUACAGUGGCGAUGGGCGGCUUCAAUAUUGGGACUGCUACCGUUCUUUCAGCUGGUGGCGUUGAUAGGUGUCAUAUCCUGGGCCAACUCGGCCAUCAUUCGGGACGACAGCUUCCUGGGCACUGCACGACUGCUACGUCCCAUUGUCGAGAAACUGGGCGACAAUGGCUGUUUGCUGACCGGCAAAGAGAUCGCGGAAGAACUGGCGGAGCUGAGGGUGAAAUACGGGUGGAGAGAGCCGGGUCCCGACUUUGCCUUCCGAAACGAGAUUGACGGCGAUGUCAUCAGGCACGUCGAUAUCCUGGAUGAGAGAGAAGGAUUUGGUGGGCAAGGUCCCAUGCCGGCUGGCCGGUAUGAUGGGCUCGUACCUGAUAGACAAUCCAUAGAGGAGGAGCGGGUAGAUCAGCUGUUGCAAAGGCGGCGCAAACGGCGGUCUAUGAGUUUAUGA